GGGCGCAUGCGUGGCUAUCCUGUGCUUGGAGCUGGUGAACCCCGAGCUGAGGGAUUUUACAAACUCCUUUUCCAGGGCGUUGAAAGGAAGCAUCACAUUAACAGACAGAGACUCUUGAUUCAUCAGGAUCUGGAUAUCAUCAGCUUUUGAGUGUGAGUUUAAAAAAAAGGAUAUUGGAUGGAGAGGAUUUACAGAUGGAACACUCAUGCCAAACAAAAUAUCAAGAACUGACAAGUCACUCGAUUCAUCAGGACCUGAAUAUCAUCGGCCUUUGAAUGUGGAAGGAGAAAUGUUUAUCUGUUCUGUCAGUGAGAAAACAUUUUGAACAUCAAUGUGACUGGAAAAGUUCCGAGACCUACACACCAUCACCCGAAUGAGAGUGUUCCAGUGCACUGACUGGGGACAGAGCAUUAACCAGUUACACAGCCUGAAGAAACAUUGCACUAUUUAUAGCGGGGGCAAAAUCAUACACGUGUUCUGUGUCCAGACAAGGCUUAGCCAGACCAUUCACACUAGAGAGACACAAGGACAGCCGAGCCAUGGAUAGACCGUGGAAAUGUGGCGACUGUGGAAAGGGCUACAAUUACCCAUACCAACUGGAAACUCAUCGACGCAGUCACACCGGGGAGAAGCCAUUCACUUGCUCAGUGUGUGGGAAGGGAUUCACUCAGUCAUGCACUCUUCAUACGCACCAGCGCACUCACACUGGCGAGAGGCCGUUUCCCUGCUUUGACUGUGGGAAGCGAUUUAACGCUUUAUCAAACCUCCUGACACACCAGCGAGUCCACUCUGAUAACAGACCAUUUAAAUGUUCCGAGUGUGAGAAAAGCUUUAAAAGCAAAAAGGACCUGCUGACGCACCAGCGCACUCACACUGGCGAGAGGCCGUUCAUCUGCUCUGUGUGCGGGAAGGGAUUUAUUCAGCCAUCCCACCUUCUGAGACACCAGAGAUUCCACACCGGGGAGAGGCCGUUCACCUGCACUGAGUGUGAGCAAAGAUUCACCGACUCCUCCGACCUGCUGACGCACCAGCGGGUUCACACCGGGGAGAGGCCGUUCGUCUGCUCCGUCUGUGGGAAGGGAUUCACUCAGUUAUCCAGCCUCAAUACACACCGCCUGGUUCACAGUGAUCAGAGACCCUUUCAAUGUUCUGACUGUGGAAAGAGCUUUAAGAGCAAAUGGAAUCUGCUGGCACACCAGCGUAGUCACACUGGAGAGAGACCGUUCACUUGCUCUGUGUGCGGGAAGGGGUUCACCCAGUCAAACAACCUGCUGAAACACCAGCAAAUUCAUACGCGGCAGCCGGGUUUGGAUUCUGCUGUUAUUGCUGAUGUUAAUCUCAUCCAGGACUAAACCUGGUUCGUUCUGCCAUUGGGCGCUUGUUUCUGCUGAUUUUAGUAACCAUAUAGUCAGGCUGGAGUUUUAACAACCAGGAUAAAUGUGAAAUA